AUGGCACCUGAAAGUCCACCUGCUCCAUUCGAUCGACGGCGACUGGUCGGCAUAAAUCUGGAGACAGUGACUGAUGUCUCUUCGACUGACUAUCCGGGACACUAUCCAGGAGAAGAUCAUUCGUGGAAUAAAAAUAUCUUCGCUCAAAAUUUUCACGUCCAAUUCCAUCACAAUGAGCCAAUAGACUCUUCGUUUUCUCUCAUUGGCAUAGAUGCAUCGGUGGCCAAUGCAUUCAGACGUAUUAUGAUCGCUGAAAUUCCAACUUUAGCAAUCGAAUAUGUCUUCAUGCGUAAUAACACUUCUAUAAUUCACGAUGAAAUUUUAGCACAGAGGCUUGGACUUGUACCCCUAAAGGGCGGUAAAAAGGGACUUCUUGAUUUCCUAAAAUGGUUCAAAAUGCCGGGAGAAGGCGAGGAGCCGCAAGCUUACGACUAUAAUACUGUAGUUCUGGAACUCAAGGUGGAGUGUACCGUAAACUCAGAGGCUAAUAACAGAGAAACAGACAGUCUUAAGAAAUAUCAUAAUGCUCAUGUUUAUGCCAAAGACCUCGUAUUUAAACCUUAUGGCCAACAAGUAUACGAGUUCGCGGGGGAAGACGCUAUAGGAACAACAUACCCAGAUAUUUUAAUUGCCAAACUCCGGCCCGGUCAAUGCAUUGAUCUUCAAGCACACGCUAUAAAAGGCAUUGGGAGCGAUCACGCAAAGUUUUGUCCGGUAGCCACAGCAAGCUAUAGACUUUUGCCUUCAAUUGAGAUUUUGAGGCCAAUAAUCGGAAAAGACGCAGAAAAUUUCGCGAAGUGUUUCCCAAAAGGCGUAAUAGAGCUUGAAAGUAUCACAAGGGAAGAAGCUUCACAGCAUAAAAGCAGUUACAAAGGUCACGAGGGUGAAAUGAAAGCUGUUGUAAAAGACGCAAUGCGAGAUACCGUAAGUAGAGAAUGUUUAAGAUAUGAUGAGUUCAAAGGGAAGGUUAGACUUGGCAGAGUUAGAGACCAUUUCAUAUUCUCUAUUGAAAGUCUCGGGCAAUGGGAUAGCGACGAGCUUUUUCUCGAAUCUGUAAAAAUCCUCAGGCUUAAGUGCGAAGCACUGAAGAGUAGCCUGGUCAAUCUAACACAAUGA